AUGGAUAUUUCAAAACCAGUAGGUUCAGAAAUUACUUCUGUUGAUUUUGGGGUGUUAUCUGACGAAGAAAUUAGAAAGUUAUCUGCCAAACAAAUCACUAAUCCAAUCGUGUUUGAUAAUUUGGGCCAUCCGAUAAAUGGUGGGUUAUAUGAUUUGUCACUUGGUGCAUUUUUAAGAAAUGUAUGUACAACAUGUGGAUUAGAUGAAAAAUUUUGUCCAGGUCAUUUGGGACAUAUUGAAUUACCUGUCCCUGUUUAUAAUCCAAUGUUCUUCAACCAAUUAUACAUUUUCUUGAGAAGUGCCUGUUUGUAUUGUCACAAGUUCAAACUUAAUCAAUUAGAAGUGCACAAUUUCGAAUGUAAAUUGCAUUUGAUUCAAUAUGGGUUGUUAUUGGAAUGUGUUGAGUUAGAUAAUAUAAUGGCCAAAUCCUCCAAAUCUAGUAGCGAAAUUGAUAUCGAUGGUGAAGAUGAUGAUGAGGAAGGCUCAGUGGAUGAAAAAUCUAAAAGAGACCUUAUGAAACGUCGUGAAUUAUUUGUUAAAAAUGCUAUUGAAAGUGCCUUGAAAGACGGUAGAACUAGUCACAAAGGAGUUGUCACUGCUUCUGUGUCUGAAGAAAGAAAAGCAACUAUUCAUGAUUUUUAUAAAAGAUUAUUGAGUAGACCAAAAUGUACCAAUUGUGGUAUGUACUCUCCAGGUUUCAGAAAAGAUGGGUUUACCAAGAUUUUUGAAAACUCGUUGACUGAUAAACAAAUAACCAAUAAUCGUGUAAAAGGUUUGCAACGUCCUGAUAUGAUCAAGAAAAAUGCGGGCAAUGGUAAUUCAAGUUCUGCAGCAAGUGAUCUCCCAAAUAUAAAGCACAAGGGAGGAUCCAAGUAUGUGUUAUCCACUGAAGUUAGAAAUAUUUUAAGAUCAUUAUUCCACAAGGAGCAGGCAAUUUUACAAAAAGUUUUCCAUUCUAGACCAUACCAACAUGACCCAAUUAGUGGAGAUCUUUUUUUCAAACAAGCAGUGUUAGUCCCUCCUACAAGAUUUAGAUUACCUUCUAAAUUAGGAGAUGAAAUACACGAGAAUGCACAAAAUGAAUUAUUGUCGAAUAUUAUUAAAACUUCUGUUCUCAUAAGGGAUUUGAACGAAAGAAUUUCCAACAUGUACAAAGAGAAAAUUAGUGGUGAAGACAAGAAGAUUAUUUUCAACAGAUUGAUGAAUGCAUUUGUGACUUUGCAGAACGAUGUCAAUGCAUUUAUCGAUUCCACUAAGAAUCAGAAUGCCCCAGCAGGGAAAGUACCAAAUCCAGGUAUUAAACAAGCUUUGGAAAAGAAAGAAGGGUUAUUUAGAAAACAUAUGAUGGGUAAAAGAGUCAAUUAUGCUGCUCGUUCAGUCAUUUCCCCAGAUCCUAAUUUAGAGACUAAUGAAAUUGGUGUUCCACCAGUUUUCGCCAAAAAAUUGACUUAUCCUGAACCUGUUACAUCUUAUAAUGUUUCUGAAUUGAGGCAAGCAGUCAUAAAUGGUCCAGACACCUGGCCAGGAGCAAUACAAGUACAAAAUGAAGAUGGAUCCUUGAUUUCAUUAGUUGGUAUGACAUUGGAACAACGUAAGGCCAUUGCCAAUCAAUUAUUGACUCCAAAUGGAGGUAAUUCAGUUGUUGGUAAAAAAGUUUACAGACAUAUCAAGAACAAUGAUGUGGUGAUCAUGAAUCGUCAACCAACAUUGCAUAAGGCUUCUAUGAUGGGUCAUAAAGUAAGAGUAUUACCUGGAGAGAAAACCUUGAGAUUACACUAUGCCAACACUGGUGCGUAUAAUGCUGAUUUUGAUGGGGAUGAAAUGAAUAUGCAUUUCCCUCAAAAUGAAAAUGCUAGAGCUGAAGCUUUGAAUUUGGCAAAUACCGAUAAUCAAUACCUUACUCCAACAUCAGGUUCACCAUUGAGAGGGUUGAUUCAGGAUCAUAUUUCUGCUGGGGUUUGGUUAACUAACAAAGAUACCUUUUUCAAUAGAGAAACUUAUCAACAAUUGAUUUAUGGUUGUAUUAGACCUGAAGAUGGUCAUACUUCUAAAAAUCGAAUUGUAACAGUUCCACCAGCAAUUUACAAACCAGAAAUGUUAUGGACAGGUAAACAAGUGAUUACUACUGUGUUGCUUAACAUCAAACCAGACAAUGUUCCUGGUGUCAAUUUGAUAUCUAAAAACAAAAUUAAGAGUGAUUAUUGGAGUGAAUCAAGUACUGAAAACGAAGUUAUUUUCAAGAAUGGUGAAUUAGUAUGUGGUAUUUUGGAUAAAUCGCAAUAUGGUGCUUCUCAAUUUGGUAUUGUUCAUUCAUUACACGAAGUCUAUGGUCCAACUGUUGCCGGUAAGGCAUUGAGUGUUUUGGGUAGAUUAUUUACAAACUAUAUCAUGAUGACUGCAUUUACUUGUGGUAUGGAUGAUUUAAGAUUGACUGAUGAAGGAAAUACUUGGAGAAAAGAUAUUUUGAAACAAUCUGUUGACAUUGGAAGAGUUGCUGCUACAGAAGUCACUAAUUUGGAUGAAGACACCAAGAAUAACAAUAAAGAAUUAUUAAGAAGAUUAGAAGAAAUUUUGAGAGAUGAUAACAAAUUGGGUAUUUUGGAUGCGAUCACUCAAUCUAAAGUUAAUGCCAUUACAUCUCAAGUUGUUUCUAAGUGUGUUCCUGAUGGUACGAUGAAAAGAUUUCCUUACAACUCUAUGCAAGCGAUGGCAUUAUCUGGUGCUAAAGGUUCUAAUGUUAACGUUUCACAAAUUAUGUGUCUUUUAGGGCAACAAGCUUUAGAAGGUAGAAGAGUUCCGGUGAUGGUUUCUGGUAAGACAUUACCAUCAUUCAAACCAUUUGAAACCGAUGCUAGAGCUGGUGGUUAUAUUAAGCAACGUUUCUAUUCUGGUAUCAGACCACAAGAAUAUUAUUUCCAUUGUAUGGCUGGUAGAGAAGGUUUGAUUGAUACCGCUGUCAAGACUUCGAGAUCUGGUUAUUUGCAACGUUGUUUAACAAAACAAUUGGAAGGUGUUCAUGUCAGUUAUGAUAAUUCUGUAAGAGAUGCCGAUGGAACAUUGAUCCAAUUCCUUUAUGGUGGAGAUGCAGUUGACACGACUAAACAAUCUCAUAUGAAUCAAUUCAAAUUCUGUGUCGACAAUUAUGAUGCCUUGUUGACCAAAUAUAAUCCUGGAGAUAUGACUGAGAAUAUUGAUACUGAUUUGGCAAUGUCAUAUUCCAAGAAAGUACGUAAAUCAUUGAAGAAACAAAAUGAUAUUCCACAUUACGAUCAAGUUAUCAAAUAUGACCCAGUGUUGAAUGUUUAUAAUCCAGCCAAAUAUUUGGGAUCAGUAUCUGAGAAAUUCCAAGAAAAAUUGGAUACUUAUGUUUCCAAGAAUCCAACCGUAUUUGCCCAAUCAAAAGAAGAAGCUAAAUCUACUGGCAAGAUCACGGAAAAGAAAUUCAGAGCCUUAAUGCAAUUGAAAUAUAUGAGAUCAUUAAUUAAUCCUGGUGAAGCUGUUGGUAUUAUUGCUUCUCAAUCUAUUGGUGAACCAUCUACUCAAAUGACUUUGAAUACUUUCCAUUUUGCUGGUCACGGUGCGGCAAAUGUUACUUUAGGUAUCCCACGUAUGAGAGAAAUCAUUAUGACUGCAUCUGCUAGUAUUAAGACUCCACAAAUGACAUUACCUAUUUUAGCUGAUGUUAAUGAUGAACAAGCAGAUGCAUUUUGUAAAUCUGUUGCUAGAGUUGUUAUGUCUGAAUUUGUUGAUAAAGUUGUUGUUACUGAAACCACAUCUCAAGAUGUUGAUGGAUCUAAUAGUAGAUCUUAUGUUAUUGGUUUGAAAUUCUAUACCAAAGAAGAAUAUGAAACUGAAUAUGAUAUUUCACAAGAACAAUUAGAAGAUGUCAUUACUAGCAAAUUCUUGCAUGCGUUAGAAUCACAAAUUGUCAAAGAAGUUAAGAAACAAAAGAAACCUGAUUAUAUGCCAACUGUUGGUAAAUCAGCUGGUAAGACCGAUAUGGAAACUGUAUCAGGAAAGAUAAAGGAAAUAGAUAACGGCGACGACGAUGAUGAUGAUGAUAAUGAAAUUGAUGAAGAUCAUGAUGAAGAACAAGCGAAACAAAAUGUUAAGCAACAAGUUUCAUAUGAAGGACCAGAUGAUGAUGAAAUUGAAACCAUGAAAAAAGCAGAAGAAACAAGUGAUGAAGAAAUGGACGGUGAUAAUUCUUCUAGUUCUGAUGAGUCAGAACUGGAUAGUGACAACGAUGAAGAUGUUGACAUGGAUAAACCUUCCAAACCAGAAUUGUCACGUUCUGCUAAAGAUCGUCAAUCAGAAGUUAUAGCAUCACAUAACAUGGUGACCCAAUUCAAUUUUGAUGAUGAAGUGGGUGAAUGGUGUGAAUUCAAAUUAGAAUUGAAUGGUAAUGAAACACAAAAGUUGUUGAUGGUUAAUAUUGUUGAAGAUUUGUUACGUAAAGUUGUUGUUCGUGAAAUCCCUCAUAUUGGUAGAUGUAUACGUCCGGAACCAGAUGCUAAAACUGGUAAGAGAAUAUUAACUACUGAAGGGGUUAAUUUCAAAGCUAUGUGGGAUCAAGAUGAUUUCAUCAAUGUCAAUGGAAUCACAUCCAAUGAUGUUUAUGCUGUUUUGAAAACUUAUGGUGUGGAAGCAGCUAGAAACACCAUUGUUAAUGAAAUCUAUAGAGUGUUCGAUACUUAUGGUAUUAGCGUUUCUUCACGUCAUUUGGAUUUGAUUGCUGAUAUGAUGACCAGAGAAGGUACUUAUUUGGCAUUCAAUAGACAAGGUAUUGAUAGUAGUACAUCAGCAUUUAUGAAAAUGUCUUAUGAAACAACUUGUCAGUUUUUGACUAAAGCAGUGUUGGAUGGUGAUCGAGAAGAAUUGGAAUCUCCUUCUGCUAAAAUUGUUAUGGGUAAAUUAUCUAAUGUUGGUACUGGAUCAUUUGAUGUAUUUGCCCAAAUGCCAAGAAUGUGA